CCUUCCAUGUUCUUUGGUUUUUUUUCUUGUGUUUGGACAUUCUCAGCUUGCGUGUUUCCAAUCCUCUUCCUGGAAUGAACAGAAGCUUGAUAAGCCCUCCCUUCUCCUCCCGCUCUCAAACACAGCAAGCUCCGCUCUGUCUGUAUUUCCUUGUUCCUUCCCUUCAGUGGGUGUAACCAACGUGGUGAAAUCUGAGAGCUGACACGCCCCGUGCACUGCAGAAUGACUUGCUGUUCAGAACACGGCUCAGACUAGUUUCACUUUUCAGGAAGUGAGACUCAUUGCACGGGCGUUGUCACUGAGAACAGAAAUGGCGCAGAAAGGAGUUCAGCUGCACCGGGAGACCUUCUCUUGUUCCAUCUGUCUGGAUCAACUGAAGGAUCCUGUGUCUACUCCCUGUGGACACAACUACUGCAUGAACUGUAUUAAAAGCCACUGGGAUGAAGAGGAUCAUAAGAACAGCCACAGCUGUCCUCAGUGCAAGCAGACGUUUACACCGAGGCCUGUCCUGCUGAAAAACACCAUGUUAGCAGAUUUAUUGGAGGAGCUGAAGAAGACUGGACUCCAAGCUGCUCCUGCUGAUCACUGCUAUGCUGGAGCUGAAGAUGUGGCCUGUGAUGUUUGCGCUGGGAGAAAACUAAAAGCCAUCAAGUCCUGCCUGGUGUGUCUGAUGUCUUACUGUGAUCAACACCUCCAGCCUCAUUAUGAUGUUCCUCAACUAAAGAAACACAAGCUGGUGGAGCCCUCCAAGAAGCUCCAGGAGAACAUCUGCUCUCGUCAUGAUGAGGUGAUGAAGAUGUUCUGCCGUACUGAUCAGCAGCUUAUCUGUUAUCUCUGCUCUGUGGAUGAACAUAAAGGCCACGACACAGUCUCUGCUGCAGCAGAAAGGACUGAGAUGCAGAAAAAGCUCGAGGGGAGUCGACAAAACAUCCAGCAGAGAAUCCAGGAAAGAGAGAAAGAUGUGAAGCUGCUUCAAGAGCAGGUGGAGGCCAUAAAUCUCUCUGCUGAUAAAGCAGUGGAGGACAGUGAGAAGAUCUUCACUGAGCUGAUCCGUCUCCUGGAGAAAAGAAGCUCUGAUGUGAAGCAGCAGGUCAGAUCCCAGCAGCAAAGUGAAGUGAGUCGAGUCAAAGAGUUUCAGGAGAAGCUGGAGCAGGAGAUCACUGAGCUGAAGAGGAAAGAAGCUGAGCUGAAGAAGCUCUCACACACAGAGGAUCACAACCAGUUUCUACACAACUACUCCUCACUGUCAGCACUCAGCCAAUCUACAUCCAGCAUCCAUAUCCGUCCUCUGAGCUGCUUUGAGGACGUGACGGCGGCCGUGUCAGAAGUCAGAGAUAAACUACAGGACGUCCUGAGAGAGAAGUGGACAAACGUCUCACUGACAGGGACUGAAGUGGACGAUUCACUGUCACAACCAGAGCCCAAGACCAGAGCUGACUUCUUAAAAUAUUCACGUGAAAUCACACUGGAUCCAAACACAGCACACACACUGGUGUCAUUAUCUGAUGGGAACAGAAAAGCAACAUUAAUGAGUCAACAUCAGCUUUAUUCUAGUCACCCAGACAGAUUCACUGAUUAUGCUCAGGUCCUGAGUAGAGAGAGUCUGACUGGACGUUGUUACUGGGAGGUGGAGAGGAUAGGUAACAUUUCUGUAGCAGUCGCACACAAGAAUAUCAGCAGAGCAGAGAGGUUGAAUGAAUGUGUAUUUGGAUUAAAUGACAAAUCUUGGGCGAUAGAAUUUAUCACAAAUUGGUCAGUAAAUUUUUGGUACAACAAUGUCAAAACUCUCAUCUCAGGUCCUGUGUCCUCCAGGGUAGGAGUGUACCUGGAUCACAGUGCAGGUAUUCUGUCCUUCUACAGAGUCUCUGAAACCAUGACUCUCCUCCACAGAGUCCAGACCACAUUCACUCAGCCGCUCUAUGCUGGACUGCGGCUUAAUUUUGGAGUCUCUGCUAAGUUGUGUAAACUGAAAUAGACAGAAGUCAUUUAGGGUUAAACUCUGUGUUUUAACUCUUCAACCUAUUUAGUAUCCGUGUUUGUUGCUGAGAGCUGAUUGUUGUGACAUUUCUUCAGUGCACAGAGAUCAGCUGUCAGUCAAACAUUAUGGGAUGUCCUUUGACAUCUUGUCAUUAGUUGUUGUGUAAAUGUUUGAGUUUCUUUAGGUGGUGCUCCUUCCUGUGUCUGUUUAGCCACGGAGGCUAUCACUGCUCAUGAUGAUGUUUGUUGACCUGAACUGAGAAUGAAAACUUCUCUGCUCUCUAAAUGUUUGAUGAAUAUUUGUAUCGAUGUAUUUGUAUGUUGUUCUUUCUCUUCCACAUCAUGGGUGUAAGAGACACA